CAGAGGUAAUAGUGAACUUGAUUUUCGUAUCAUAAAUUACGGUAAAGUCUAUAAUCCCAUCACUGUGGAUGUAGAUUAAAGAAUUCAGAUUUUCUGUGGGUAAUGGUAUUCUAGGAACGGAAUGUUUACUGACCCAAAUACAGCUUCCCCUCCAUCCGAGGAAUCCCCCCGAACAUCCUCGACCUACAGAAUUUCCCCAGGUAAUGUAUAAAAGCCAGUUCUGCAGUGCUGAGGGUACGGAGUUCUGCAGGUUUAGAAGUGGACAGAUCUUCACUGUAUUCACUGAGGCCUUCACUACAACUACUGCCAUCAUCUUUACCAGCUUUCACCAGCUCUCUACACCAUCAGAUCUUCACCAGCUCUCUACGCUCUCCACACCAUCAGAUCUUCACCAGCUCUCUACGCUCUCCACACCAUCAGAUCUUCAUCAUCCACCGCCUCAGAUCUUCAUCAUCCACCGCCUCAGAUCUACACCAUGUCCAGACUGCUCCUGGGUCCUGCAGUGCUGCUGCUGCUGCUGAGUGUUUGGGUGUCUCUGGAAGAAGCCAGUCCGCUGAAGUGCUGUACGAACUAUUCCCCAAAGCCUUUUCCUCUCAAUCGACUGAAGCAUUUCAGCGUACAGGAUGCCACCGGGGUCUGCCGGCUCAGCGCUGUGAUAUUUACUACAUUGAAAAAUAAAAAGAUCUGCGCAGAUCCUGAAGCAGCCUGGGUUAAAGAUGCAGUCAGUCACAUCAAAACUAAAGCCAAACCAAACUGAGACACAGUCUGGAGCCUGAAGUCUAAAUCUGGAGUCUGAAGAGAGUCAGCUGAGCUUCUGCCUUACAGUUCAACCAAAUCACCAUAUGGAAUGUAAAAUUAUUUAAAAGAAACUAAAUGUAUAUUAUCAGAAACAUGAUUAUAAUAAAGCUAUUUUUUACCCCAGAAUCUCGGAGAAUCUCUGAGU